AUGUCCACCUUCGGACACUACUUCCGGGUCACCACCGCCGGCGAAUCCCACGGCAAAUCCGUCUCCUGCAUCAUCGACAACUGCCCUCCCGGCCUUGCCCUCGUCGAAGACGACAUCCAGCCACAGCUAAACCGCCGCCGACCAGGCCAAUCGUCCAUCACAACUCCCCGCAACGAAAAGGACAGAGUCACCAUCCACUCCGGCACCGAAUUUGGCCGCACCCUCGGCACGCCCAUCCUCCUCACAGUUCCCAACGAGGACCAACGACCCAAGGACUAUGGCAAUAAGACCAUUGACCUCUACCCGCGCCCCAGCCACGCCGACUGGACCUACCUCGAAAAGUACGGCAUCAAGGCCAGCUCAGGCGGUGGUCGGAGCAGCGCACGUGAGACAAUUUCCCGUGUCGCUGCUGGGGCCGUCGCUGAGAAAUGGCUAAAGGAGAUGUACGGCGUUGAAAUCGUCGCCUUUGUAACAUCAGUCGGCAAUAUCAAGCUCUUCGAGGACGCGGAAUCCAUGAGCGCUGAUCCCGCGUUCCUCAGCCUCGCCGACACAAUCACCCGCGAACAAGUUGACCAGUUCCUGCCCGUGCGAUGCCCCGACACCGAAGCCACGAAGCGCAUGGAGGACCGCAUCGCCGAGCUGCGCGAUCAAAACGACAGCACUGGCGGGACUGUGACGUGCGUCAUCCGUAAUGCUCCAUCUGGUCUGGGAGAGCCUGCGUUCGACAAGCUCGAGGCUUUAAUCGGCCAUGCUAUGCUCUCCAUCCCCGCGGUGAAGGGCUUCGAAAUCGGCUCUGGGUUUCUCGGCGCGGAAAUGAACGGCAGCAAGCACAACGAUCCCUUUAUCCCCGCCCCGGCCCUUGACGAGGCGGUUCGAAAGACUGGUAUUCCCCGAUCUCGUCUGCACACCAAGACCAACAACUCUGGUGGUAUCCAGGGCGGCAUCUCCAACGGCAUGCCCAUCUUCUUCCGCGUUGCGUUCAAGCCCCCCGCGACUAUUAGCCAGGACCAAACUACUGCUCUUUACGAUGCCACGGGCGAGGGUGUCUUGUCUGCAAAGGGACGCCAUGACCCGUGUGUGGUUCCUCGUGCGGUUCCGAUUGUGGAGGGUAUGGCGGCACUGGCUAUUGCUGAUGCUGUCAUGGCUCAGCAUGCUAGAUCGAUGGGCAUUCAAAUGGCCAAGGGGAGUUAG